AUGACAAGUUCAGCUUCAAACACAGUCGACAAGUUAGACGCGGACAGUGAUUAUAUGGAGCUUUAUUUGAAUGGUAGCAAAAGAUCGGCAGGUAGCAAAGAAAGUGAAAGUAGUCCUUCACCUCCAAGCUAUGCUGUAUUUGAAGAUAAACAUGGUAACCUGGUCAAUCCAGGUCUCAAUGUGAUCUGGCCAGUGCGUCCACAACGAGGACGCUAUUCACUUAACGAAUACAAAGAACAAAAGCAGCGUUUGCAAAGACAAGAGCAACAGCGGCGAAAUAAAAAGUACAAUUUCAAGAGUAGGAAAUGUAUUAAGCAAUCAGAAAGACAGUCUAAUAUAUCAAGUAUCUAUCAGGCAGAAAAAACAAAAGACAACAGUAAUAUCUAUAUCGGCGUUCGAUCGGCAUCCAGCUUGCGUUCCAUUCUAUGGCCUACAGAAUUUCGUCUGUUUUACAUGCGACCAGAAUCAAUGAAUUCAUUCAAUCAGGUGAUUAAUGAUUGA